AUGCUAGCCGCGGCCGACGACGACUCCGCCGCUGCCGCCGCUCCUGCCCGCGCCGCUGCCACCGCUCCUACCGCCGCCGCCGCCGCCUCUACUACGCUAUUCGCUCUUACGUCGCCCCUUAGGGUAACGACGCCGUCCCCGCCGCUACCCGUGACGCCCGGCCCCUCGGCCCCCGCCUCUAUCUCCGCCACCCCCAAGGCCGGCUCGCACGGGCAGGCGCGGGGGGCUACUAAGAAGCGCCUUACCGCCGCCGCCGCCGCCUACCGCAACCUCCGCGCCCUCGAGCGAUAG